AUGAGUGAAAAAGCCGCCCCACUUCCUGAAGCAACCCGCAAGCACAUAAAAGAGGAAAUCUUUGGACUUUAUGAGUAUUGGACCCACUUCCGGUUUGUGCCAUGGAACAACAGUGCUGAACAUUAUGAUCUUGGCCACUCAAACUACCUGAUAUUUGUGGAAUACAACACGGCGUGUUGGUCAUACUCCGGUAAUAACGUCGUUCUAAAAGGACAGAAAAUUUCCUGCUGCAAAUAUGAUCGCUGCAUUCAUGAACUCGGACAUGCGAUUGGCUUCAUACAUGAGAUUUCUAACCCAUUGCGCGAUGAUUAUAUUCGAGUCAACUAUCAAAACAUUAUGGAUGGGAUGGAGCCAAACUUUGAGAAAAUAACAAAAGAAAAAGGUGUCCGUAAUUUCGGAUAUUACGACAUGAGCUCAGUGAUGGGAUACAACACAUGGGCAUUUAGCAAGAAUAUGAAGGACACAAUAACUGUUUUAGACCCAGAGAUCCAGUAUUUAGUGCAACAGAAAGAUGUCACAGUCUUCUAUAUGUUUUACGAGGCACAACAGUUAUAUAACAUGAAAGCGGAUAAAUGUCCAGACUUUAGUUUCACGUGCGACAAUGGAGGUUACCUGUCUUAUGUUAACGGAACAUGUAGAUGUCGCUGUCCAGACGGUUUAGAUUACAAAACAAACUGUGCCGAACUUGAAAAUGGCCUCACCGGAAGUGUUAUAUACCUCUCAGACUCUAAUAGUCGUAUUAACAUAACGUCACCAGGAUACCCGGAUGUUUACAGAGGAACGUCUGCUUCAUUUUGGUUCAUUAAGGGUCCAGCUAAAAGCAGGAUUGCAUUAGAUUUUGAUCAUUUUGAUAUACCAUACAGCACGUCAUGUUCAACAUAUGUCGAGAUACGAUUUGUAAUGCCAGGACAACCGGGUGUAAGAUACUGCGGCGAUAAAUUUAGUAGAACAAUAGUCAGUCACGAAGAAUUCAUAUCUAUUACCCUGGUCGGCAGUAAUGAUGGGAGUCACGGUAAAUUUGCUGCCAGAUUACGCCUUAUAAAAGAUGACGAUUUAUGUUAUUCGGACAGCGGUAAAGAUGCUAGUUAUCAGGGGAAAGUGAAUUAUGCACGUAAUUUUGAAACUUGCAUUCCCUGGGAUAGGGUGACUAACUGUACAUUCAAUACAUUUAAUUUUUUUUUGUUUUUAAGUGUUACAUGGAUGGAUUUGGAGGGAAAUUACUGUAGAAAUCCUGGUCACGGCACCGAACCUUGGUGUUAUAUAAACGCGGACACAUGUGCAAGGUCUUACUGUGACGUCUGCCAUUUACGGAAUUGUUAUGAUAUCUUUGACGAUUGUAAGAUACAGCUAGAGAACGACCAGCGGUUCUGUUCCAAUGACCCGGAGGCCACGAGAGGAUGUAGAGCGUCGUGUGGACUGUGUAAUGUCACAGAGGAGGUCCCAGCAGUUUCGAAUGUGACAUGCCCAUCCCCGGACAAGACUGUGACAGACGGAGUGCUUGUAUCCAACAAAACCGUCUUCAGAGCUGGGGAUAAAGCGAUUUAUAAGUGCAACAAAGCGGACGGUACCGGAAAGGGUGAAAGAACAUGCACUGCACAGGGUUCUUGGACCUACCUGGGCUAUGUAUGCGAUGAUAAUCCAACUUGUACGGAUCAACGUCUAGAUUGCGGAAAUCUUCUGGAGCGGACACCAACUUUGUGCAUACAGUACAGUAAAUUUGCUGGUCUAAAGUGCAAAAGGACAUGUGGCAUUUGCUCAAACAUUCCAAAAGAGCGAUGUAAUGUUGAAGCUGUUAUUGGUAAUGUGACUGAAACUAGUACAGGGCCGUAUAACGUCGGGGAUGUCGUGAAAUACUCAUGUAACAAACAAUAUAUUUAUUCUUCUGGAUCUCUGACAAGAGCAUGUAUGAUCAAUGCAACGUUAUCUGGAGAAAUGCCAGGAUGUUCAGCUAUUGAAGAUGUCGUCACUAGUCUAAAUUCUGUCAAUCUUAGGCGAAGGAAACGAUGGACGAAGGGCAACGAAGUGUACACUCUCAGCAAUCCAUACCAUAGAAUAAAAAGAAAAGGGGAGAUUAUUGCUUGGCAGUUUUACAGUUUGUUUUCCGGAAGAGUUACGUUUCAUGUUUGGAGACAGGCAGGUGAUACAAACAGUUACAAGCUUUUAGGAAGUAAUGAAAUAGCCGCCACGUUAGAAGAUAGGCUUGUGACAGUGAAUGUUUCCCUUGACCAGAGAAUAUCUGUUCGACCAGGGGAUUUCAUUGGGUUAUACGUGCCGUCUAUCAAUCCUGGUGGAAUUGUGUAUGACAGCUGUAAAACAGAGUUUGAACCGGAGGGGGGUAACCAGUUAGUUCCGAUAGGCAUAGCGCCUUGGAGAGUCGGACAAUUCUACAAAAUGAAACAAACUUCAACAUGUAAACUGUUCUCUGUCAGUGCUAAAAUUGGACCGAUUCGAACGAUUGACAUCAAUUUAUUAAAACAAGAAUGGCGCAAAUUUCUGCUUUUCCACAAAUGAAACUUUGUUCAUGACUGGGUACAAUACAUAAUUAUAGGGUGCUUUUGCAUUACUGGUUGGAAACAAGAGAACGCAAUGUAUUAGAACUUUAACUAAACUGUGUUGGAUUUAGCCUGUACAGUAAAUCAUUGUUAUGUACAGAUCUGCAUGCUUGCCUUUUACAGUGAUAUAUAGAUAGGUAGAUCUGAAUUAUAUUUGUUCUUAGACAAAUAGAAACACUUUUAAAUGUUAAAUUUUCAAAGAGGAUAUGAAAAAAGACAGUUCUUUUAGAUGUUCAGCAGACCAAAGCAGGAUAGUAAGGUGUAGAUACAAAUUUAUGUUACAUAAGUAGUACGUUCAUUUUAUUAUAUUUUUAAUAUUGUUUUGUAAUUUUAAAUUGCACUGAGAACAACUAUAAAUGAGUGUACAACAAUCUUCAUUUUCAAAACUGGACAUCAUCUAGAACUAUUUUGUUCCGAUAACAAAGGUACAAAAAUUCUUAAUAGAAUUAGAUGUUUUAUGUCUGAGAUAAAUCUCGAGGGAAUUUAUUUACAAUAUUUGUAAUAUUUACAUCUAACAUUGUAUUUCAAGGCUUUAGGUUUUAGAGUCUUUAAUCUUUAUACAAUUUAUAUGAUAUUUUAUUUUCUUAAUAUGUUUAUAAUUUUAGUAUUGCUUUUUUCAUGUAUUGUUUUAAUGAAGUAUUUCUUAAGAUUGUUCGAUAUUAAGUGUGCUUUUAUGUAUCUUAAAGGAAAAAAUAUCAUGGUUAGUUUAUGAUAAACAUGUGAUUAUAAUGAUAUGAUAUAAAAAGUUAUCAAAAUACAUUGUAACAUUUGUGUAACAGCAUCAACCUCGUGCAGGCUCAGUUACCCAGUGUCAAAGAAUGAGCAGCAAAAGUGGAACAUGUAUAAUAGUAACCAUGUGUGUUAUUUUCACUGAAGAUACAUCAUAUUUAAAAUAUUUGUACGAAUAAAAUGUUAUUAUAAAUACGACUAAAGAAUUGUUG